UUAGCUAAAGACUGACUAACACACAGAUGUUGAGACAUAAUAAUUUCUUGUUAUGCCACAGAUAGGCUAUUCAAUUGCAGGAACAUUGAAUUUAUAUAAUGAGAGAGUAAGGAACAACGAAAGCUUACUUGCCAUCUCUUACAAAUACACGUAAUAUAGGAGUGUAGUUUCUUUUCAUUACACACCAUUAUUAAUAGCUCCCAUGAGAGUAUCAUUAAAGCAGUCAAAGCUAUUGCUUUUAGAAGCGAGGAGACUGUCAAGCUUGAGAUCUCUAGUGUGACUCGAAACUGUUGUGAUAUUUCAAAUUUUUCAUAAAGGUGUGUACCACAAUACUUUACAUCUUUUUGUUUUCCUGACGGUGCCAAAUCGAGUACCGUUUUUUUUUUUUAAAACCUAAUAUCAUUUUUGCACGCUUUUAUAUAAUCAACGCCAUGUCAACUGUUCAAGACAAACCUACGCCAGAUCAACAAAAGAAUGUUAUGGUUGGAGUAGGCUGCUUUGUCACCUACAAAGACGAAGAAGAAACAGAAGAUCCUUACAGCAUUGAUCCCAAAGAAAAAGGAAUUCGUAUAUUAAUAGGUCAACGUAAAGGGUCCAUUGGCAAUGGGACCUACCAAUUAGCAGGCGGACAUGUCGAAUUGUGGGAAACCUUUGAAGAAUGUGCAAAAAGAGAAAUUCUAGAGGAAACGAAUCUGGAUUUGCCUCUGGAGGACAUGAAGUUUGUCACUGCUGUCAACAGUAUCAUGCGUGAGGAAAAUAGACAUUAUAUCACGCUUUUUGUCUGGUGCCCCAUUAAAGAUAAAUCUGUCUUGAAAAAUUUAAAAGUGAUGGAACCUGAAAAACUAAAAGGAGAAUGGGAAUGGGUAUCGAUAGAACAAUUAAAAAAGAGAACUCCAUUAUUCAAACCCUUGGUAAAAUUUAUAGAGGAAAGAGAUUUCUCAUUCCUUACUUCCUAUUACAAUAAGGAAAAAUGAUCCACUUUCGAGCUAUUAUAGAGCUAUUGAGGAUGGAUCUAUGCCCACU